CUCCUGACCUCAGGUGAUCCACAUGCUUUGGCUUCCAAAGGCCUGGGAUUACAGGCGUGAACCACCGCGCCUAGCCCAUUAGCAGCUCUUAAAAUCCAGAGGCAUAAGCCUGUAUUCUUGAGGGUUUAUGCAUGGAAUCCAGCUAGAAACUGAGUCUAUUACAGAUCCCAUUUAUCCUUUCUGUUCCAAGAAGCCUUUUUUCCUCCUUCUCCACAUCUGUUUAUGGAAGAAAAUGAAGUUUGGGGUGUGGUUUGAGGACUCAGCUAGAUUCUUAUGAUCUGUCACAUGCCUGGAUGUUGGGGAAGCAUUUGGAGAAGCUCAUGUGACUUGUCCUAGAUUGGGGAUUUUAAUUGAGACGUGAUGUUUAUCGGGCAUCCCACCACCUGAGAGUUUUAGCAACAGAGUCACAUGUGAGUCCAUCAGAACUUACGGCAUUGAUUCAAGUGCUGUCAUAAAUAACCAGGACUGCUGUUUUUGGUUACUUUUAAAGACAGUUUCAUCUGGACUUUCUGAGCAUAUCCUCCUUCAGCAAAACCACAUGAGGCUGGGAAAACUAUUCUUCUGCCUGGAAGUAAUGACAACUUGCAACCAACAAGCUUAUAAAAAUACAAAGAAUUCUGGAGCCUAUGGCUUCCAUUACAUUAUUCUUUUAUAGCCUUUUAUGUUCAUUGCCGCAUCCCAGAGGUGAGAGUCAGACACAAAUUUGAAAAUAGGUUUCAAUGUUGGAGAGGUAAAUCAUAGCAGGAAAGGGGUAGGAAAAGAUGUAAUCCCCCAAUAUUAAAAUAAAGAUACUGAAGGAUGGGAGAGACUAGGGCUGUGUCCUUUUACUCUCCAAAAGAGAAAGUAAGCUCCUAUUUGAGUCAAUAGAUAUUGAGGUCUUGUUAUUUGCCACCAAAGACAGUCUUGUGAGACUAAAUACCUAGUAAUUCCCUACCCUGGCACACAUGCUACACACACAGAAACACUACAGAUCCACUGCCUCCUUCCCUCCUCCCUACCCUUCCUUCUCUCAGCAUUACUAUCCCCGCCUCCUCCUCUUACCCAAAUUUUCCAGCCGACCACUGGAGCUGACUUCCGCAAUCCCGAUGGAAUAAAUCUAGCACCCCUGAUGGUGUGCCCACACUUUGCUGCCGAAACGAAGCCAGACAACAGAUUUCCAUCCGCAGGUAACGUUUGCAACUUCCUAGAUCUUUUAGCUUUUCAUUCCUGUCAAUUCUCUGAGUAUUAGGGAUGUAGUGACUUGAAGAUCACAAUAAACUUUUAGCCUCUGCAGAUGAAAACAGAGAUGCACUUCUCAGGUCAUUCCCUGGCUAAAUAAAAUCUGCCUGGAAAUCUGUAGAAUUCCUUGUAUGGUUUAUAUAUAUACAUACAUGAUUGUUAGUAAAAGCAAAGUAUAGAGGGAAUCAUUUGCCCAUCCUUCAAGAGUGGCCUUUCUGCAGCGUUUUCUACUUUGGCCAACAAGGAUCAAAAGGGUUAACUCCUUAGUGAGGAGGAGGAGAGUGGUAUGGGGGAGGUGGUAGCUCAGUGCUUCCUAUUCACUGAGACAUCUCAAAGCCCUUAACACUCUAGUUUUUAAAUGUCCUACUGGACAUUUUGCCAGUUUGCAAAAUUACGUGUAAAUGGACUAUAAGCAAUUGUGUAAGCCAUAUGUCAUGCUGCAGCCUGCAAAUUGUUCUUAAAAUGGAGGAUUUGUAAUUAAGAAAGUCAAUGCAAGAAAUGAGUGACGCUAACUAGAGUAAACUUAUGAAAAGCUGUGAAUUUCAUCAUCAUAGAACAUUGCUUUUCAGUCUGAACAUUCUUCUAACAAACCUCGGAUCUGAGGCUUCUUGUCCUUUGCGGCAGCCACAGUGGGUUUUUGUUGUCGGGAAAAAAAACCUUGCCCGCAGCAUCUGGUUAAGAUUAGGGCAGUUUCCUGCCUAAGGAGGGAGGGGAGAGAAAAAGGAGAAAGAAAUGCAUAAGGAGAAUGAGGAGAUAUAAAAUGUCUCAGAAAACAGGAAACAUUGUCAUAUUUUCCCUUGUCCUCUUCUGACAAGAUCUGGGAAAGUACUAGAAUUUAGGCAAGAAAGAGAAGAAUGCCUCGAAGAAAUGAUCAGGAAGCAAAACUUAGACUGAAAUCUCUCCUUUGCGUAUUCUGAACCCCACUACCACCUUGCUCUUUGUCUGUCUCCAAGCCUGCUAGGGACCCUAGAGGAAACAGGCACUGAGCCCAUUCUGAUUGUCCAGUUUCUAUCCCAUUUCUGGUUGUGUACCUGUGUGUGUGUGAGAGAGAGAGAGAGAGUGCGUGUGUUGGCUAAAUCUCCCGAGAGAGAGAGAGAGAGAGAGAGAGAGAGAGAGAGAGAGAGAAAUGGCAAAAUCUCCCUAGAUCAAAGUCCUUGGAACCAGAUGUACCAGCACCCUAUCUAAACACAGGCCCCUCCUGACUAUCAUUGUUUUAUCACCUUUUUUCCGUCUACCUUCCUCUUCCUCAUAAACCCUAGUUUUCCUCUGUUUCCCUGCCAAAUGGAAGAGUUUUCCCUAAUUACACUCUUCUGCAGGAUGUGGGGGCUCAAGGUUCUGCUGCUACCUGUGAUGAGCUUUGCUCUGUACCCUGAGGAGAUACUGGACACCCACUGGGAGCUAUGGAAGAAGACCCACAGGAAGCAAUAUAACAACAAGGUGCCUGGUGUCCUGGAGGGGGCAUGGCAGGAAGGCUGAGACCUGAGCUCUCCCAUCUUAGCUUCCAGACUCCCUUCUUCAAUCCAAAUGCUUUAUUCCAAGCAGAUCAGUCCCUCUUCCCUAGCUCAUGUUAACAUACGGUUUUCAUUCCUAUGCUUCAAAUCAUCCGCUGUCAAACUGUAUCCUUCCUUUGCUUUAUAAGUGUGUUACAUUUUUCUUUUGGGAACAGUUCUAAGAUUAAUGCUAUUAAUCUAUAAACAAUUUUUCUGUCUCUCCAGAGCUUUGUGUUGUAUUUGUUUACAUAUUAUCUCUUCUUGCAGGCUCUUAAUAAUUCCAUGGUUAGUUCCCCAACUAAACUGUAAACUUUUAUGAUUGUGGAUGAAAUCUCUCGGCGUUUAAUUUGGGAAAAAAACCUGAAGUAUAUUUCCAUCCAUAACCUUGAGGCUUCUCUUGGUGUCCAUACAUAUGAACUGGCUAUGAACCACUUGGGGGACAUGACCAGUGAAGAGGUGGUUCAGAAGAUGACUGGACUCAAAGUACCCCCAUCUCAUUCCCGCAGUAAUGACACCCUUUAUAUCCCAGACUGGGAAGGUAGAGCCCCAGACUCUGUUGACUAUCGAAAGAAAGGCUAUGUUACUCCUGUCAAAAAUCAGGGUCAGUGUGGUUCCUGUUGGGCUUUUAGCUCUGUGGGUGCCCUGGAGGGCCAACUCAAGAAGAAAACUGGCAAACUCUUAAAUCUGAGUCCCCAGAACCUAGUGGAUUGUGUGUCUGAGAAUGAUGGCUGUGGAGGGGGCUACAUGACCAAUGCCUUCCAAUAUGUGCAGAAGAACCGGGGUAUUGACUCUGAAGAUGCCUACCCGUAUGUGGGACAGGAGGAGAGUUGUAUGUACAACCCAACAGGCAAGGCAGCUAAAUGCAGAGGGUACAGAGAGAUCCCCGAGGGGAAUGAGAAAGCCCUGAAGAGGGCAGUGGCCCGAGUAGGACCUGUCUCUGUGGCCAUUGAUGCAAGCCUGACCUCCUUCCAGUUUUACAGCAAAGGUGUGUAUUAUGAUGAAAGCUGCAAUAGUGAUAAUCUGAACCAUGCGGUUUUGGCAGUGGGAUAUGGAAUCCAGAAGGGAAACAAGCACUGGAUAAUUAAAAACAGCUGGGGAGAAAACUGGGGAAACAAAGGAUAUAUCCUCAUGGCUCGAAAUAAGAACAACGCCUGUGGCAUUGCCAACCUGGCCAGCUUCCCCAAGAUGUGACUCCAGCCAGCCAAACCCAUCCUGCUCUUCCAUUUCUUCCGCGAUGGUGCAGUGUAACGAUGCACUUUGGAAGGGAGUUGGUGUGCCAUUUUUGAAGCAGAUGUGGUGAUACUGAGAUUGUUCAGUUUCCCCAUUUGUUUGUGCUUCAAAUGAUCCUUCCUACUUUGCUUUUCUCCACCCAUGACCUUUUUCACUGUGGCCAUCAGGACUUUCCCUGACAGGUGUGUACUCUGAGGCUAAGAGAUGUGACUACAGCCUGCCCCUGACUGUGUUGUCCCAGGGCUGAUGCUGUACAGGUAUAGGCUGGAGAUUUUCACAUAGGUUAGAUUCUCAUUCACGGGACUAGUUAGCUUUAAGCACCCUAGAGGACUAGGGUAACCUGACUUCUCACUUCCUAAGUUCCCUUCUAUAUCCUCAAGGUAGAAAUGUCUAUGUUUUCUACUCCAAUUCAUAAAUCUAUUCAUAAGUCUUUGGUACAAGUUUACGUGAUACAAAGAAAUGUGAUUUAUCUUCCCUUCUUUGCACUUUUGAAAUAAAGUAUUUAUCUCUUGUCUACAGUUUCAUAAAUAGCAUCUAGUACACAUUCA